CCGAGAGAUUCAAACGAGUGGCGGGCGGUGAAUCCGAGUAGUGGAAUCUUUUCGCGCCCGGCGUCCUGCUGGGCAGUCCUCACCCAUGGAUCUGAUCCGAAGCUUCUACGGGAAGCUGCGGUCUCUGGCCAUCACCCUAGACGGCGAGACGGCCUGGCUGCAGCGAGCGCUGGACGGAGAGGAAAGCGACUUUGAAGAUUAUCCAAUGAUAAUUUUACAUGAUCUUCAUUCAGAAGCGCGGACUCUAAAGGAUGAAGUCAGUAUUCUUCUUGAUAAAGCAAGUUUGGAAAGUCAAGAAAGCAUUGGUUUCAUAAAGGCAACAAAAGUACUGAUGAAAAAAAAUUCAAUGGAUAUCACGAAAAUAAGAGAGUUUUUCCAGAAGUAUGGAUAUAAUCCACGUGCCAAGAAAAAUGCAGUGGAUGAGCAAGAAGUCAUUGAGUCUAAACCAGAGUCUGCUAAGCAUGAAAAUCUUCAAAAGCCUGAUGUGAAGGAUGAUUUGUCUGACCCUGCUGUUCCAAGCAGUUCUGUUUCUGAGAAGUCUCCACGUAGUCCACAACUUUCAGAUUUUGGACUUGAGCGGUACAUGAUAUCCCAGGUUUUACCAAACCCUCCACAGGCAGUAAACAACCAUAAGGAAGAGCCAAAAGUCGUAACUCCAUCUUCCAAACAAUCACUAGUUAAGGUAAUAAAAACUCCAAAAUGUGCACUAAAGAUGGAUGAUUUUGAGUGUGUGACUCCUAAAUUAGAACACUUCGGUAUCUCUGAAUAUACUAUGUGUUUAAAUGAAGAUGACACAAUGGGACUUAAAAAUGUGAAGAAGAAUAAAAGUGAGGAGGCCAUAGAACCAGAACCAGCGACCAAUGAUAAUUUCUUUGCCACUCCUGGCCUCAUAACCCAGCAGUUGGAAAAAAAUGAUGCCGAGUAUACAAAUUCUCCUUUGGCACCUACAUUCUGCACUCCUGGUUUGAAAAUUCCUUCUACAAAGAACAGUACAGCUUUGGUAUCCACAAAUUCUCCAUUAUCAAAAACAAAUAGUUCAUCAGAUGAUUUGGAAAUGAAAGACUGUACAUCAUUAGUUUUAAAUUCAGAUGAGUGCUUUGAGAAUUUUGCAGAUCCCUCUUCUCCUACAAUUUCUUCUUACGAGAAUCUGCUCAGAACACCUACACCUCCAGAAGUAACUACAAUUCCAGAAGAUAUUCUCCAGAUUUUAUCAAAAUACAACUCAAACCUAGCUACUCCAGUAGCCAUUAAAGCUGUGCCACCCAGCAAAGUGUUCCUGACUAAAUAUGAAGGACAGAACAUGCAAAAUGUUGGCAACAAAGAAAACUGGUGUAAAAAUUCUAGUGGAUCCAUCCAUCCAUUACAGAAACUGAACAGAAUGAGAUGAAAGCAAAGCUGGACUUAUUUUUUAAUUCACAUUCUCCUACAUCUUUCUCCCUUUUUAAAAACCAACCCAUAUUAAAGAUGAACAUGGACACUGA